AUGGCCCUCCACGCCCAGGCUCCUCGGUGGGUUUUCCCAGCACAGGACCGCAGUUCCCAGGCGCGCCUCUUCCCAGCGCGCGCGCAAAUCCGCCCCUGCCGUUCUUGUGAAUGGGCCGGCGUGGGAGUCUUCUCGGCGGCUGAUUGGCUGCUUCGGCCCGGCCUGGGAGUCUUCCGGGCGGCUGAUUGGCUGCUUCGGCCUGGUGACGCGCGCCCGGGAAGUGAGACGGUUGUAUCAGAGGCCAUGCAGAGCCCAGUGACCUUUGAAGAUGUGGCUGUGUAUUUCACAGCUGGGCAAGCAGCUCUGCUGCAUCCGAGCCAACGGGCCCUGUAUAGGGAUGUUAUGGUGGAAAAUUAUGAGAAUGUGGUCUCAGUGGGAUUUCUGGCACCAAAGCCAGAGCUCAUUAACCAGCUGGAACAGGGAGAUGACCCGUGGAUGCCAGACUUUGAAGAGUCAGAAGAAGUGAAGGGUUCCCACACCAAGUCGGGAUUUCUGGUCCCAGAAUCUGAGGAUAUUACCCAGCUGAAAACAGAAGCCUUGUGGAUGCCAGUUUGUCAGGAAGAAACGAAGAUUGUGGCCACCAACUCGGCAAAGGACUGCGGUUCCCAGGCGCGCCUCUUCCCAGCGCGCGCGCAAAUCCGCCCCUGCCGUUCUUGUGAAUGGGCCGGCGUGGGAGUCUUCUCGGCGGCUGAUUGGCUGCUUCGGCCCGGCGUGGGAGUCUCCCGGGCGGCUGAUUGGCUGCUUCGGCCUGGUGACGCGCGCCCGGGAAGUGAGACGGUUGUAUCAGAGGCCAUGCAGAGCCCAGUGACCUUUGAAGAUGUAGCUGUGUAUUUUACAGCUGGGCAAGCAGCUCUGCUGGAUCCGAGCCAACGGGCCUUGUAUAGGGAUGUUAUGGUGGAAAAUUAUGAGAAUGUGGUCUCAGUGGGAUUUCUGGCACCAAAGCCAGAGCUCAUUAACCAGCUGGAACAUGGAGAUGACCCGUGGAUGCCAGACUUUGAAGGGUCAGAAGAAGUGAAGGGUUCCCACACCAACUCGGGAUUUCUGGUCCCAGAAUCUGAGGAUAUUACCCAGCUGAAAACAGAAGCCUUGCGGAUGCCAGUUUGUCAGGAAGAAACGAAGAUUGUGGCCACCAACUCAGGAAAUGACUUGGAAAGGAAAAACAAGUGCCAUGUGUGUGGAAAAUGUUUUUGUCAGAAACUGAAUCUCACCAGACACCACCGAGUACACCUGGGAGAUAAACCAUAUAAGUGCUUGUGGUGUCAGAAACGGUUUGCUCGCAAAUCACACCUUUUGAGCCACAAGAGAAUCCACACAGGAGAGAAACCCUAUAAAUGUUUAGAAUGUGGGAAGCGAUUUUCUCAACAGGCUAACCUUUUGAGCCACAACAGAAUCCACACAGGAGAAAAACCCUAUAAAUGUCUGGAGUGUGGAAAAUGUUUUGCACAUGGCUCAGGAUGUCUGAGUCACCAGAGAAUCCACACGGGAGAAAAACCUUAUACCUGCUCAGAGUGUGGAAAGCGUUUUUCCCAACACGCUCAUCUUGUGAGUCAUAAGAGCCUUCACACAGGAGAGACACCCUAUAAAUGUCUGGAGUGUGGAAAAUGUUUUCGUCAGAAACUGAAUCUCACCAGACACCACCGAGUACACCUGGGACAUAAACCAUAUAAGUGCUUGAGGUGUCAGAAACGAUUUGCUCGCAAAUCACACCUUUUGAACCACAAGAGAAUCCACACAGGAGAGAAACCCUAUAAAUGUUUAGAAUGUGGGAAGCGAUUUUCUCAACAGGCUCACCUUUGGAGCCACAAGAGAAUCCACACGGGAGAAAAAACCUAUAAAUGUCUGGAGUGUGGAAAAUGUUUUGCACAUGACUCAGGACUUCGACGUCACCGCAGAAUCCACACGGGGAAAAAACCUUAUACAUGCUCAGAGUGUGGAAAGUAUUUUUCCCAACACAAUCAACUUGUGAUCCAUCAGAGAGUUCACACAGGAGAGAAACCUUACAAAUGUAUGGAGUGUGGAAAGUGUUUUUCCCAGUCAGCUCAUCUUAAGAGCCAUCAGAGAGUUCACACUGGAGAGAAACCUUACAAAUGCAUGGAUUGUGAGAAAUUUUUUUCCCAACACUCUCACCUUGUGAGUCAUCAGAGACAACACACUGGACAGAAACCCUACAAAUGCAUGGAGUGUGGAAAAUGUUUUGCAUACAGCUCAUCCUUGUCGGUACAUAAAAGAAUCCACACUGGAGAGAAACCCUAUAAAUGUUUGGAGUGUGGAAAGUACUUUGGUCGCCACUACCACCUUUCAAAACAUCGGAAAAUUCACACAGGAGAGAGAAACUAUAAGUGCACAGUUUGUGGGAAAUGUUUUGCUGACAACUCCACCCUUGUGCUUCACCAAAGAGUUCACACAGGAGAGAAACCAUACACAUGCACAGUGUGUGGGAAAUGUUUUCGUUAUAGUUCAGCUUUUAUAAAACACCAGAGGAGUCACACUGGAGAGAAACCUUAUAAAUGUUUCGAGUGUGGGAAGUGUUUUUCUCACCGGCCAGAUCUUAUGAUCCAUCAGAGAGUCCACACUGGAGAGAAACCAUACAAAUGCUUGGAAUGUGGGAAAUGUUUUCGUUAUAGUUCAACUUUUAUAAAACACCAGAGGAGUCACACAGGGGAGAAACCUUAUACAUGUUUAGAGUGUGGGAAAAGUUUUGCUCAGCGAUCCAGCUUUGUGACACACCAAAGGAUCCACAGAAGGGAGAAACCAUAUGAAUGUUCACAGUGUGGCAAAUGCUUCACACAACAAUCCAACUUGGCGAUACACCAGAGGGUUCACUCAGGAGAGAAACCUUAUAAAUGUCCUGAGUGUGGAAAGUGUUUUUCUCAGCGCACACAUCUUGUGAUUCACCAGAAGGUCCACAUGGAAGGCAAACAAAAGCGAAGAUCCCGUUCAGGUAUUGACCAGGGGGGAUUUCUAGGGGGCUCGGGUGACAUCUGA